GCCGCUGAAUGGGGAGCGCGGCUGUCCCCAAGCCGAUUGGUACUUGCUUGUCAGGAAGAAACGCCGAGAGGUGGGAGUGCCUGAGGAGGGAGGCAGGCGGUCCCUACCGCAAGCGCGGGGAGCUGCCUUUCCGCCCCUCUGCCUGCCUUCCCAGCCUGAGCUUUGAGGAGUGGCUGAAGCUGCGGAGCGCUUGAGGAGCCUGUGAAUGAACCCUCCUCCUCCUCCUCCUCCUCCUCGCCGAGUCUCCUCCUCGGCGCUGACGGUACAGUGAUAUAAUGAUGAUGGGUGUCACAACCCGCAUUUGAACUUGCAGGCGAGCUGCCCCGAGCCUUUCUGAGGAGGAACUCCAGUCAGGAGGGCGCAACAGCCGCGAACCUUCUUAGGUGCUGCGGACAGGCGUGGGGACGCGGAUCUGCGGCCAGCCCCGCAUCCUCCAGCACCAUCCCGCACGCUUCCCCAGGACACCGCGCUUCCUAUGUGACCCGCCCCGGCAACGCCGAGCCCAAUCGCGCAGCGCUGAGGUGAAUUUUCCCCCCAAACUGCAAUAAGCCGCCUUUCAAGGACAAGAUGUUGAUAAAUAUAAAGAGCAUCUUAUGGAUGUGCUCCACCUUAAUAGCAGCCCAUGCACUACAGAAAGUCAACAUGGAAAAAAGCCCACCUGUUAAGGGCUCCCUCUCUGGAAAAGUCAACCUACCUUGUCAUUUCUCAACCAUGCCUACCUUACCACCCAGUUAUAACACCACCAGUGAAUUUCUGCGAAUCAAAUGGUCUAAGAUUGAAUUGGACAAGACGGGAAAGGAUUUAAAGGAGACUACUGUUCUCGUGGCCCAAAAUGGGAAUAUCAAGAUCGGUCAAGACUACAAAGGGAGAGUGUCGGUGCCUACACAUCCCGAGGACGUGGGCGAUGCCUCACUCACCAUGGUCAAACUGCUGGCCAGUGAUGCAGGCCGCUACCGCUGUGACGUCAUGUACGGGAUUGAAGACACACAGGACACGGUGUCACUGACCGUGGAGGGGGUUGUGUUUCACUACAGGGCGGCAACCAGCAGGUACACCCUGAACUUUGAGAUGGCACAGAAGGCUUGUGUGGACAUUGGGGCCGUCAUAGCCACCCCAGAGCAGCUGCAUGCCGCCUAUGAAGAUGGUUUUGAGCAGUGUGAUGCAGGCUGGCUGUCAGAUCAGACUGUUAGGUAUCCCAUCCGCGUUCCCCGAGAAGGCUGCUAUGGAGACAUGAUGGGGAAGGAAGGAGUCCGGACCUACGGAUUCCGUGCUCCUCAUGAAACUUACGAUGUGUAUUGUUACGUGGACCAUCUGGAUGGUGAUGUGUUCCACAUCACUGCUCCCAACAAGUUCACCUUUGAGGAAGCUGGAGAAGAGUGUAAAAACCAGGACGCCCGCCUGGCGACCGUGGGGGAGCUCCAAGCAGCGUGGAGGAACGGCUUUGACCGAUGUGAUUACGGGUGGCUGUCGGAUGCCAGCGUUCGCCACCCUGUGACUGUGGCCAGGGCCCAGUGUGGAGGUGGUUUACUUGGGGUGAGAACCCUGUAUCGUUUUGAGAACCAGACAGGCUUCCCUCCCCCUGAUAGCAGAUUUGAUGCCUACUGCUUUAAACCUAAACAGAAUAUAUCAGAGGCUACAACCAUCGAACUGAAUAUGCUUGCAGAAACUGCCUCACCCACUUUAUUGGAAGAACUACAAAUGGGACCGGACAGAAUGACACCAAUCAUCCCUUUAAUCACUGAAUUACCUGUCAUUACAACAAAGGUCCCUCCUAUAGGAAAUAUUGUCAAUUUUGAACGGAAAUCCACAGUUCAGCCUCUAACUAGUACCCACAGAUCAGCCACAGAAUCACUGCCGCCUGAUGGAAGUAUGAAGAAGCCUUGGGAUAUGGACUAUUACUCACCUUCUGCUUCAGGACCUCUUGGAGAGCCAGACAUAUCUGAAAUUAAGGAAGAAGUGCCCCAAAGUACAACUGUCAUUUCCCAUCAUGCUCCUGAUUCAUGGGAUGGUGUGAAGGAAGAUCUGCAAAUAAAAGAUUCAGUUACACAAAUUGAACAAAUAGAAGUGGGUCCCUUGGUAACAUCUGUGGAAAUCUCAAAGCACAUUCCUUCUAAGGAAUUCACUGUAACUGUGACACCAUUUGUAUCUACAGCGAUGACCCUGGAAUCAAAAACUGAAAAGAAAGCAAUAAGCACAGUCUCUGAAUCAGUGACCACAAGCCGCUAUGGAUUCACCUUGAGAAAAGGUGAUGGUGAAGACAGAACAUCUACAGUUAGAUCGGGUCAGAGUACCUCCAUCUUUAGCCAAAUACCUGAGGUCAUUACAGUGUCAAAGACUUCAGAAGACACCACCCGCGGUCAACUAGAGGAUGUGGAGUCAGUCCCAGCAUCAACGAUUGUCUCACCUGACAGUGAUGGGUCGCCCAUGGACCAUGGGCAAGAGAAACAGACUCAUGGCAGGAUAACUGAAGGUUUUCUUGGCCAGUAUGGGUCCACCACACCUUUCCCAUCACAGCAUCAUACAGAAGUAGAAUUGUUUCCUUAUUCUGGCGAUAAAAGAUUAGUCGAGGGGACAUCCACAGUUAUUUCUCCCACUCCACGAACAGGAAGAGAAAGAACAGAAACUCUAAGACCAGCGGUGAGAACAGUUCCUUACACCAAUGAUGAAAUACAGGAAAAGAUCACCAAAGAUUCAUUUAUAGAAAAAAUCGAGGAAGAAGGCUUCUCUGGAAUGAAGUUCCCUACAGCUUCCCCAGAGCAAAUUCAUCAUACCGAGUAUUCAGUGGGAAUGACCAAAUCUUUUGAAUCCCCAGGACUGAUGACAACGACAAAGCUAGGCAUGACACCAACAGAGGCAACAGAUGUGGAGGAAGACUUUACAACUCCAAGUGGAUUAGAAACAGAUGGCUAUCAAGAUACUACAAAGCAUGAGGAGGGUAUUACAACAGUGCAUUUGAUCCAGAGCACUUUAAAUGUGGAGGUGGUUACUGUAUCAAAAUGGUCAUUGGAUGAAGAUAAUACAACAUCAAAACCUUUAGGGUCCACAGAACAUGUAGGCUCUCCAAAAUUGCCCCCUGCCUUAAUCACCACCAUGGGAGUGAGUUAUGGUAAGGAUAAAGAAAUGCCAAGUCUUACUGAAGAUGGAAGAGAUGAAUUCACUCGUAUCCCAGGUAGUACUCAAAGGCCGCUAGAGGAGUUUACUGAGGAAGACACAACAGACCAUGAAAAAUUCACAGUUAGAUUUCAGCCAACUACAUCAACUGCUACCACAGAAAAGUCUACUUUGAGAGAUUCUAUAACUGAAGAAAGAGUUCCACCUUUUACAAGCACAGAAGUCCGAGUUACUCAUGCAACCAUAGAGGGAAGCGCUUUGGAUGAAGGAGAAGAUGUGGAUGUCUCUAAGCCUUUGUCUACUGUCCCUCAAUUUGCACACCCUUCAGAUGUGGAAGGGUCAACCUUUGUUAAGCAUAGUAGCACCCAGGAGCCUACUACUUAUGUAGACACUUCCCAUACCAUUCCUCUUUCUGUAAUCCCCAAGACAGAAUGGGGAGUGUUGGUACCUUCCAUUCCAUCAGAAGGUGAAGUUCUAGGCGAACCCUCUCAAGACAUACGUGUCAUUAAUCAGACUCACUUUGAAGCUUCUAUGUAUCCUGAGACUGUAAGAACAACAACAGAAAUUACACAAGAAGCAACGCGAGAAGAUUUUCUUUGGAAAGAACAGACUCCAGAGAAACCAGUUUCUCCUCCCAGUUCUACAACUGACACAGCCAAGGCGACAACACCACCUUUGGAUGAACAAGAGAGUGAUGGGUCAGCAUAUACUGUCUUUGAAGACAGAUCAGUGACGGGUUCUGACAGAGUCUCAGUUUUAGUAACAACUCCAAUUGGAAAAUUUGAGCAGAGUACAUCUUUUCCACCUGAUGCUGUCACCAAAGCAAAAACAGAUGAAGUGGUAACGCUAAUACCAACCACAGGGUCAAAGGUAACUUUCAGUCCAUGGCCUGAACAAAAAUAUGAAACAGAAGGUACCAGUCCAAGGGGAUUUGUAUCUCCUUUUAGCAUUGGUGUUACCCAGCUUAUAGAAGAGACCACGACUGAGAAAAGAGAGAAAACAUCCCUGGAUUAUAUUGAUUUAGGCUCAGGAUUAUUCGAAAAGCCCAAGGCCACAGAACUUCCAGAAUUUUCAACAGUUAAAGCCACAGUUCCAAGUGACAUCACUGCUGCCUUCAGUUCAGCAGAUAGACUUCACACACCUUCAGCCUCCACUGAGAAGCCACCUCUCAUUGACAGAGAACCUGAUGAAGAAACAACCAGUGACAUGGUAAUCAUUGGAGAAUCAACAUCUCGUGUUCCUCCCACUACCCUUGAGGAUCUUGUAGCCAAGGAAACAGAAACAGAUAUUGAUAGAGAAUAUUUCACAACUUCAAGUACUUCUACUGCACAGCCAACAAGACCUCCCACUGUGGAAGGCAAAGAAGCCUUCGGACCACAGGCAUUUUCUACUCCAGAACCCCCAGCAGGGACAAAAUUCCACCCUGACAUAAAUGUUUAUAUUAUUGAGGUCAGAGAAAACAAGACAGGUCGAAUGAGUGAUUUCAGUGUAAGUGGUCAUCCAAUAGAUUCAGAAUCUAAAGAAGAUGAGCCUUGUAGUGAAGAAACAGAUCCAGAGCACGAUCUAAUUGCUGAGAUUUUACCUGAGUUACUUGGUAUGUUGCACAGUGAAGAGGAUGAAGAAGAUGAGGAGUGUGCCAAUGCCACUGAUGUCACGACCACCCCAUCCGUGCAGUACAUAAAUGGGAAGCAUGUAGUUACCACUGUCCCCAAGGACCCAGAAGCAGCAGAAGCUAGGCGUGGCCAGUUCGAAAGUGUUGCACCUUCUCAAAAUUUUUCAGACAGCAGUGAAAGUGAUAGUCAUCAGUUUAUAAUCACCCAUGCUGGAUUGUCCACUGCCAUGCAACCUAAUGAAUCUAAAGAAACAACGGAGUCCCUUGAAAUUACGUGGAGACCCGAGAUUUACCCUGAAACAGCAGAGCCUUUUUCAAGUGGCGAGCCUGAUAUUUUCCCCACAGCUUCACUCCAUGAAGGAGAAGCCACUGAGGGGCCAGACUCAAUCACAGAGAAAAGUCCUGAACUUGAUCAUCUGGUGCAUGAACAUGCUGAAUCGGUACCUCUGUUUCCUGAAGAGUCUUCAGGAGAUACUGCCAUUGACCAGGAAUCUCAAAAAAUCAUCUUUUCAGGGGCUACCGAAGGAACCUUUGGUGAAGAGGCAGAAAAAAGUUCUACCACACAUACUCCAAGUAUGGUUGCAAGUUCUGUAUCAGCACCUGUCUCAGAGGAUGCAUCAUUUAUCUUAACAGGCACUCCACAGUCUGAUGAGCCACUGUCCACAGUAGAAAGCUGGGUGGAAAUAACCCCUAGACACACUGUCGAGUUCUCGGGAAGUCCUUCAAUUCCAAUUCCGGAAGGCUCUGGGGAAGCAGAAGAAGACAAAGAUAAAAUAUUUGCCAUGAUAACUGAUUUAUCACAGAGAAAUACUACAGACUCCUUUGUUACUUUAGACACCAGCAAGAUCAUGAUCACGGAGAGCCUUUUGGACGUUCCUGCAACCACUGUAUAUUCAAUUUCUGAACAGGUUUCUGCAGUAGUGCCUACCAAAUUUGUAAGGGAGACAGACACUUAUGAGUGGGUUUUCAGUCCACCUCUGGAGGAAACAACAAGGAAAGAGGAGGAGAAGGGAACUACAGGUACAGCUUCUACAGUUGAGGUACAUUCCCCUACACAGAGAUCAUAUCAGUUUGUUUCACCCCCUGAGUUAGAAAGCUCAAGUGAAACUCCACCUGAUGAUUCAGCAGCUGCUACUAGGAAGAGUUUCAUGUCCCAGAUGACACCCACACAGUCUGAAAGGGAUACGACACGUUCUACUGUUGUCUUUACAGAAACAGAAGUUUUAGACAAUCUGGCAGCACAGACCACAGAUCCCAGCCUUAGCAGUCAACCUGGGGUUCUGGAAGGGUCACCUACUGUCCCAGGGAGCCCCGUCUCUCUCUUUAUGGAGCAGGGCUCCGGAGAAGCUGCUGUUGACCCAGAAACCACCACUGUUUCUUCACUUUCAUUAAAUUUAGAGCCUGAAAUUCUAGCUGAAGAGAAGGCAGCUGGCACUUGGUCUCCAAAUGUGGAAACUGUAUUCCGUUUUGAGCCAACCGAACAAGUCUUGAGUACUGCAGUGGACAGGGAGGUUGCUGAAACUAUAAGCCAAACAUCUAAGGAAAACUUGGUUUCAGAGAUCUCAGGAGAGCCAACUCACAGGGCAGAAAUAAAGGGCUUUUCUACAGAUUUUCCUUUGGAGGAAGAUUUCAGUGGUGACUUCAGGGAAUACUCGACAGUAUCUUAUCCCAUAACAAAAGAAGAAAUAGUGAUGAUGGAAGGCUCAGGGGAUGCAGCAUUUAAGGAUACCCAGAUGUUACCAUCUGUAACACCUACCUCGGACCUCAGUAACCACACUGCUGACUCGGAAGAACCUGGCAGCACCUUGGUCAGCACCUCCGCCUUCCCUUGGGAAGAAUUCACAGCCUCUGCUGAGGGCUCGGGUGAGCACUUGCUCUCAGUAAGCAGCUCUGUUGACAAAGUGUUUCCCAGUGCCGCAGGAAAAGCCUCUGGAACAGAUUCCCCAUUUAUUGACCAACGAUUGGGAGAAGAAGGUGCUAUCAAUGAAACUGAUCAAAGAUCCACCAUUUUGCCAACAGCAGAAGCUGAGAGUACUAAAGCUUCAACCGAAGAGGGGGAGGUGAAGGAGAAUCACACAGUUUCAAUGGACUUUCCCCCAACUGUGGAGCCAGACGAAUUAUGGUCUAGACAAGAAGUCAACCCUGUAAGGCAAGGAAAUGGAAGUGAAAUAGUAUCAGAGGAAAAGACUCAAGAACAAGAAUCUUUUGAACCCCUUCAAAGCUCUGUUGCACCAGAACAAACAACUUUUGAUUCACAGACAUUUCCUGAACCUGGACUCCAAACCACAGGUUAUUUCACACUAACGACAAAGAAAACUUACAGUACUGAUGAGAGAAUGAAGGAGGAAGUCAUUUCCUUAGCUGACGUGUCCACUCCAACUCUAGAUUCAAAGGGCUUGGCAUUGUACACUACUCUCCCUGAAGUUACUGAAAAAUCCCAUUUUUUCUUAGCUACUGCCUCAGUGACUGAAUCAGUACCAGCUGAAAGUGUAAUUGCAGGUUCAACCAUCAAAGAGGAAGAGAGUAUAAAACCCUUUCCCAAAGUUACGAGCCCGAUAAUUAAAGAGUCAGAUACAGAUCUUUUAUUCUCUGGACUGGGAUCUGGGGAAGAAGUUUUGCCUACUCUAGGAUCAGUGAAUUUUACUGAAAUAGAACAAGUCCUUAGCACAUUAUAUCCCCUGACUUCUCAAGUACAAAGUUUAGAAGCCAGCAUCUUAAAUGAUACAAGUGGAGACUAUGAGGGAAUGGAAAAUGUAGCAAAUGAAAUGAGACCACUCAUUUCCAAAACAGACAGCAUUUUUGAAGAUGGUGAGACAGCAUCCAGCACAAGGCUACCAGAAAUUUUAAGUGACGCCAGAACAGAAGGGCCCUUCACGGCACCUCUCACUUUUUCCACAGGCCCCGGACAUCCUCAAAAUCAGACGCACCGUAGGGCAGAAGAAAUCCAGACCAGUAGACCACAGCCUCUGACUGAUCAAGUCUCUAGCGAGAAUUCUAUGACAGCAGAAACUAAAGAAACAGCAACCUCUGCCACUGAUUUUCUGGCUAGAACAUAUGAUCUUGAAAUGGCCAAAGGAUUUGUUACAUCAACACCGAAACCAUCUGACCUGUUUUAUGAACAUUCUGGAGAAGGUUCUGGGGAAUUGGAUGCAGUUGGUGCAGAAGUCCACGCUUCUGGAAUGACUCAGGCAACUGGGCAAGGAAGCACCACCUUUGUUUCUGAUAGAUCCCUGGAAAAACAUCCCAAGGUUCCAAGUGUCGAAGCUGUUACUGUUGAUGGAUUCCCGACAGUUUCAAUGGUGCUGACGCUUCAUCCUGAGCAGAGAGAAGGCCCUCCUGAAGCAACCGGCACACCGGCAAGCACAGCAUCAUAUGAGAAGGCCACAGAAGGUGCGGCAGAUAGUUUCCAAGACCAUUUCGGGGGAUUUAAGGAUUCUACGCUGAAACCCGACAGAAGAAAAGCCACUGAAAGUAUUAUUAUAGAUCUGGACAAAGAGGACAAGGAUUUAAUAUUGACAAUGACGGAGAGUACCAUCCUUGAAAUUAUACCUGAGCUCACAUCAGAUAAAAAUACUAUCAUAGAUAUUGAUCACACUAAACCAAUAUAUGAAGACAUCCUUGGAAUGCAGACGGACUUGGAUCCAGAAGUACCCUCGGGACCGCCUGACAGUAGUGAAGAGAGCACUCAAGUUCAAGAGAAGUAUGAGGCAGCUGUUAACCUGUCUUCAACCGAGGAAAACUUUGAGGCUUCUGGUGAUAUUCUGCUGGCUAAUUACACUCAGGCAACACCUGAAUCGAAGGCUCCUGAAGACAGAAAUCCAUUAGAUCACACAGACUUUAUCUUCACGACUGGGAUCCCCAUGCUUAGCUCAGAGACAGAAUUAGACGUUUUGCUUCCCACAGCCACAUCUCUGCCCAUUCUUAGUAAGUCUGCCACAGUUAAUCCAGAGUCAAAAACUGAAGCCAAAACCCUGGAGGACAUCUUUGAAUCAAGCACUUUGUCUGAUGGCCAAGCUAUUGCAGACCAAAGUGAAGUCAUAUCAACGUUGGGCUAUUUGGAAAGGACACAGAAUGAGGAUGAAGCAAAGAAAUAUGUAAGUCCCUCUUUCCAACCAGAGUUCUCUUCUGGGGCUGAGGAGGCACUGAUAGAUCCUACCCCCUAUGUAAGUAUUGGUACUACCUACCUUACGGCUCAGAGUUUAACAGAGGCACCUGAUGUGAUGGAAGGAGCCGGUCUGCCGGAUUCCAUCGACACAUCCACAGUUUCAGCUUUUUCAGAGCUGCUCUCUCAGACACCAUCAUCUCCUCCACUCAGUGUCCACUUAGGCAGUGGAGACUCUGAGCAUUCAGAGGACCCCCAGCCAAGUGCUCUGCCAAGUACAGAUGCCAGCACACCCCCAGUAUCCUCAGGAGAACUUGCAAACAUUGAAGCGACUUUCAAACCCUCAAGUGAAGAAGACUUUCACAUAACUGAGCCUCCAUCCUUAUCUCCUGACACAGAGCCUUCAGAAGAUGAAAGUAAGCCUAAACUAUUAGAACCAACGGAGGCUUCUGCCACAGAACUAAUUGCUCAAGAAGAAAUUGAGAUUUUCCAAAAUUCUGACAGCACAACCAGUGUCCAGGUUUCUGGGGAAACAGUCAAGGUGUUUCCCGGUACUGAAACCCCUGAGGCUGAGGUUACUGUCACAGCUGCAAGUGAAACGAAGUUAGAAGGUGCUACACUGCGGCCACAUUCUACUUCUGCUUCUGUGAUUCACGGGGUCGAGGCAGGCGUGGUGCCUCAGCCCAGUCCACAGACUUCUGAGCGGCCCACCAUCCCUUCUCCUCUGGAAAUAAGCCCUGAAACACAGGCAGCUUUGAUCCGAGGGGAGGAUUCCACAGUAGCGGCCCCCAAACAGCAAGUGCCGACGAGGAUGCUUGAUUCUAAUAAGCAGGCAACACUAAGCACCACAGAGUUAAAUACUGAGCUUGCAACACCAUCAUUUCCCCUUCUGGAAACUUCUAACGAAACCAGUUUCCUGAUUGGCAUUAAUGAAGAGUCAGUGGAAGGCACAGCAAUCUAUUUACCAGGACCUGAUCGUUGCAAAACGAACCCGUGCCUCAAUGGGGGCACCUGUUAUCCUACUGAAACUUCCUACGUGUGCACCUGCGUGCCAGGAUACAGUGGUGAUCGGUGUGAACUUGAUUUUGAUGAAUGUCAUUCUAAUCCUUGUCGCAAUGGAGCCACAUGUAUUGACGGUUUUAAUACCUUCAGGUGUCUCUGCCUCCCGAGCUAUGUUGGUGCACUUUGUGAGCAAGACACGGAGACAUGUGACUACGGCUGGCACAAAUUUCAAGGGCAGUGCUACAAGUACUUUGCCCAUCGACGGACGUGGGAUGCAGCUGAACGGGAAUGCCGUCUGCAGGGCGCCCAUCUCACCAGUAUUCUGUCUCACGAGGAACAAAUGUUUGUGAAUCGUGUGGGCCAUGAUUAUCAGUGGAUAGGUCUCAAUGACAAGAUGUUUGAGCAUGACUUCCGUUGGACUGAUGGCAGCACACUGCAAUAUGAGAACUGGAGGCCGAACCAACCAGACAGCUUCUUUUCUACUGGAGAAGAUUGUGUUGUGAUUAUCUGGCAUGAGAAUGGCCAGUGGAAUGACGUUCCCUGCAAUUACCAUCUCACCUACACCUGCAAGAAAGGAACAGUUGCUUGCGGCCAGCCCCCUGUUGUAGAAAAUGCCAAGACCUUUGGAAAGAUGAAACCUCGUUAUGAAAUCAACUCCUUGAUUAGAUAUCACUGCAAAGAUGGUUUCAUUCAACGCCACCUUCCAACUAUCCGUUGCCUAGGAAAUGGAAGAUGGGCUAUGCCUAAAAUUACCUGCCUGAACCCAUCUGCAUACCAAAGGACUUAUUCUAAGAAAUAUUUUAAAAAUUCCUCAUCAGCAAAGGACAAUUCAAUAAAUACAUCAAAACAUGAUCACCGUUGGAGCCGAAGGUGGCAAGAAUCAAGGCGCUGAUCCCUAAAAUGGCAAACACAUGUUUUCAUCAUUUCAGCCAAAGUCCUAACUUCCUGUGCCUUUCCUAUCACCUCGAGAAGUAUUAUCAGUUGGUUUGGAUUUUUGGAACACCAUCCAGUCCAGUCAUUUUGGGUUGCUGUGCUCCCAAAACAUUUUAAAUGAAAGUAUUGGCAUUCAAAAAGAAAGCAAACAAAAGAAAGGAAAAUGAGAGCAGAGUGGAACCAUUUCCAGCCUAAUUUCUUUAGUUUUCUAUUUGCCUCCAGUGCAGACCAUUUUAUAAUGUAUACCAGCCUACUGUACUAUUUAAAAAGCUCCAUUUCAGCACCAAUGGCAAUGUAAAUAAGAUGAUUUAAUGUUGAUUUUAAUCCUGUAUAUAAAAUAAAAAGUCACACUGAGUUCAAGCAUAUUUAAUGAUGAUUACGGAGCCUUAGAGGUCUUUAAUCAUUGGUUCGGCUGCUUUUUGUAGUUUGUUUAGGCUGGAAAUGGUUUUCCCUGCUCUUUGUCAGCAGGACUGAAGACAGCUUUUGCUGGACAAUUAACAAACACAAAAUUGUGUAGGUCACUGUCCCAUUUCCACCACAGGUACAAUUGGCUUCCAUGUGAUGCUGAAGCCUGGCUAAUGGGAUCCCAACGAAACUAGAGACUGCAACAUGGAACUCUUUAUUUUAUUUUAUUUUUUUUUUGCUGCGUUCCUUUUUUUUCACUUACAAGAAAGGCCUGAAUGGAGGACUUUUCUAUGACCAGGAGCAUUUUCUAGGGGUCAAAGUGCUAAUUAUUAACUCAACUGGGUCUCCUUUUUAAUGGCUUUCUUAACACUAACUUGCAAGAUUACAGAUCAACACAUUUCAAAUGGAUAUAGACCUGGGGUUCUGGAGGGAGGGGGUUUGUUAAAACAACACACAUUCAAAGAAAGAAAUUUUGUAUAUAUAACCAUUUUAAUCUUUUAUAAAGUUUUGAAUGUUCAUGUAUGAAUGCUGCAGCUGUGAAGCAUACAUAAAUAAAUGAAGUAAGCCAUACUGAUUUAAUUUAUUGGAUGUUAUUUUCCCUCAAACCUGAACAUUGACGUAGUUGGUAGUUAUUUUUCGGUUUUAGCCUUUAUACUUUCCUCACAGUUUGGAAUCGUAUAAUCUAGGUACUCUGUCCCUGAUUAAAUAAUGUGAUGGAUAGAAUGCAUUAAGUGUUUUAUUAUAAAGAAGAGUGGAAAAGUGUAUAGCUUUCAGCAAAUGGUGUUGGCCCAUUCUAAGCAAGGAGCACAUAUAUAGAAAUAGUAUGGGCAUUGCUUCUUAUUAGGUGGAGUGUAUGUGUUGAAAUUUCUCCCUAUCUCUUCCCACUCCAUUUUCUCCCCUUAAUUUGAAUAAAAUGACUGCUAAAGAUGACUUUGAAUUAUUAUCUGCUUAAUUUAAUGUUUAAAGAAACCCUGUGAUGGAAAGAAAGCAUUUAGGUGUCUUUUCCUAAUUUUAGUUUAGAAUGAUCUUGAGAGCUCAAGAUAAAAAAUAAAAUGCGAAUAGAAAAAGAGCAGACCCAACAGGGAUUCUUUUUCUCAAAACCUCUUUUGACUAGAAGGAGCUACAGUGGCCACAAUCAUACACCCUGUCUUUAGGCAAGUUUCCUCGGUUGCUGUGUUAAAUGUGACCAACCUUUGGGUGUUCUAGAGCACAGAAAAACUCUGUGUCUACCUAUGAGGUUUUUAUUUUUCCUCUUUCAUUACAAUGCACAUAAUACGUUCCUGUAUUUAUAUUAUAACAUGUAUAGUGUAAAAUGUGAAUGAUUGUUUUUUUUUGUGAAUGAAAACCUAAAAUCUUUGUAACUUUUUUAUACCUGCUUUUGUUUCACCAAAGAAACCUAAAAUCCUUCUUUUACUAUA